CCGCCCUCUCACGUGUUGCCGGUUGUCAGUAGGUGCAGUAUCGGUAGCUCCCGUCUGCCUGGGUGCAUGUGUGAGGUGCAGCCAUGCUUCUGUCCGCCGUGCUUCACACCUAUUCCCUGCGUUACAUGCUGCCAGCGGCUGUCAUGCUGGGGACGGCCCCCACUUACCUGCUGGCCUGGGGCUGUUGGAGGGCCCUGAGCACCGUAUUGCCCGAGAGGCUUUACCGACGUGGGGACGACCGGCUCUACACUCUCUACCAGAGUUUGGUGCUCUUCUUCUUCCAGCACUACACCGGGGUGCAGAUAAUAAUGUAUGGUGAUUUGCCAAAGAAGGAGAAUAUUGUCUACCUGUCCAAUCACCAGUGCACAGUCGAUUGGAUCAUCGCCGACAUGAUGGCUGUACAGCAAAAUGCCCUGGGACAUGUCCGAUACGUUCUGAAGGAUGGCCUGAAAUUUCUCCCCCUGUAUGGCUGGUAUUUUUCACAGCAUGGUGGAAUCUAUGUCAAAAGAAGUGCCAAAUUUAAUGAAAAAGCAAUGAGAGAGAAGUUGCGGUCUCAGGUCAAAGCAGAAACUCAGAUGUAUCUUGUUAUUUUCCCAGAAGGAACACGUUACAACCCAGGCAUCCCAAAGGUCAUUGCUGACAGUCAAGCAUUUGCCAUGAAAGAAGGUCUUCCAGUGUUGAAGCAUGUGUUAACUCCACGUGUGAAAGCAACCCACGUUGCGAUUGAUACAAUGCAAGAUCACCUUGACGCAGUUUAUGAUAUCACAGUGGCAUACGAGGGAACGACUACCGAAGAAGGACAAAGGAAAGAGGCUCCGUCUAUGGCAGAAUUUUUGUGCAGAGAAUGCCCAAGGAUUCAUAUAGCUGUGGAACGCAUUGACGUAAAAGAUAUCCCCAAAGAACAGAUAUUUAUGAGAAGAUGGCUUCAUGAGCGCUUUGAAAUUAAGGAUAGGCUCAUGACAGAGUUUUAUGAAGCCGCUGAUCCAGGACAACGCAAUAAGUUUCCUGGAGAGGGGCACGUUGCCAAGCUUAGCAUGAAGAGAACUGUCCCCUCCUUAUUAAUUUUAACUGGUGUGACAGCUGGCAUGCUAUGUACAGAAACCGGAAGAAAACUUUAUAUCAACACAUGGAUAUAUGGGACAUUAAUUGGAUGUCUAUGGGUCAGCAUCAAAGCCUAAGCAAACUGUUUAUCGAAGAUCAGCUUUACAUUAUACCAAAACCUUUUUUCAUAAAAUGAAGACAUUGUAAAUACUGCCUUACUCAUAACGGAAUUAAAAAAAAUAGAAUGUUUGUCUCAUGCGCAAGAUCCAUGCCAUGGGGAUAUUGGUGACAGGAUGCAUGCUCCACGUGUUUUACAUUGAGACACUGUAUUCCAAGCCUUUAAACACCUUGUCGGUGUGAAAGUGAACGUUAACUCUGAGGUCCGUAACAUUAUCAUUGGGAUAACAAAAUAUUUCAUUUUUCUGCUCUUUCUAUUGACAGCAUGUUUGUGAAAACUAUUUUACAUGUUCAUGCCCUUCUCUCCUACCCCAGGAUUCAUAGCACAUUGUAUCAACAGCUAAUCCAAGUCAGGAAAACAUAAAAUGAUUUGUAAUUGUAGUGCUAAACCCUGCAUCCAACGAAAAGCAUGUUUGUUUAAUUUGUUUACUGCAUGUUUAAUACUGGUUUAUAUAUUUUUUUUGUGAGAUUAGUUUUAUAUGCAGCGCCUUUUUAUAUAUUUUAUUUUACAAUCAGAGCAAUAGUACAGAGCUAUAAUAAAUUUAUACAAAUAAUGGUGCCCAGUACCAUUGGCCCCUGUCAUAUGGUAAUAUCUUUUUGAUCAUCUAAAUGUUAAUGCAUGUGCCUCUUGUGUUUAAUUUAUCAUAAGGUUGCUUGUUUCCCCUUUGUCCUGAUAACAAAACCCAAGCCAAACUUAGGCGUUAAUGAUUAUUACGUAAAUACCUACAAAUUGCCAAUAAAAGUGUCUUGGCUGCUUUUGGAAAUGCCAAAGCUAUCUUUACCUUUCCCCAAUAAUUUUAAGAAAGCAAGCUUAUAUUAGACAUCUUUAGCAGCUUUCUCUGGCUGUGUAGUUGGGUCUCCUACAGCGAGCCAAAGUAAGUUUGUUAUAUUAAAAUACAGCAAUAGAAACCACUGAUCCUAGAAUUGUUGAGUGCCACAAGCCAUUCCCAUUAACUCUUUAACCAGAUGGAUAGAGUGAAUUAAUGGCCUUCCGCUUCCAAGACAGAGCAUCUUUUACCAUAGAAGCAGUACGAGAGUGACACUGAUUUGGAUUUGCCUCAGUUGGCCAAGAACCUUUCUGGCAGCUUAAUUUCACACAUCAGCCUUCAAUAGCUGGGAGGGUGAAUCUUAAAAUCUUCAACUUAAAAAGCUAUUUUAAAACUGUAACAAGACUAACUUUUGUUGCAUCACCUGGACAAAUGGUCACAGUGAAAGAUACAUUACUGCUGAAUUAGAUGUACCAUUGUUUAGUGCCGAGCCUAAUCUCUAGCAUGUAGAUUUAGGAUAGAGACAUGCUAUAGUGUUCAGAAGAGUGCCAUGAUCUCACAGCUUAUGUAUAAAGCCACAGUGUGAACUUCAAAUCCCAAAGGACCAGAGACAUCCCACCAUCUUAGGCCAAUACUCAGUGUGUAGUGGUGAGGCAUAAUGUUUCACAUUUAUUUGACAUAUGCUGAAAUGCUGGCUUGCCUGUGGCCUUUGAAAAUUGAGUUGGACCUCUCCGCCUGCAUAAUAGAGAGCAGGGCUGGACAGCUCUGGUGCUCAAGGACUCCAAUAUUCCAAUAUAUACUGGAAACAAGUUCUUUAAUGGAGAUCCAAAAAUUGCGGCCCUCAAGAACUGGGGCUGUGCACCAUUGAUGUAGUGUCAGUGUUCAGAAAAUUCUUGUAGUCCUCUAUGUAUUUUGUUCAAAAGCCAGACCUCAUUCACAUCUGAUUUAUUCAUGAAUGCAGUCUGUAUGAUGUACUUUUCGAAUGAAUGCUUUGUUCACCAAUAAAAUAUAAUUUUCCUAGAUCACA